ACAACAGAAACAAUGGCUUCACAAGCCAAACCUCAAAUCCUCUCCGACAUCAACCAUCUCCUCUACUUCGCUCUCAUCCUCUUCCUCUCCUUCCACGUGGCAUCCGGCGCCGGAGGAACAUGGAAGCUUCUCUUAAACAACGUCGGAAUCUCAGCUAUGCACUCACAGCUCCUCAUCAACGACCGUGUCAUAAUGUACGACCGAUCCAACUUCGGUCCUUCAAAAAUCUCUCUCCCUAACGGAACCUGCCGGGACAGUCCAAACGACUCCGUUUCGAAACGUGACUGCACAGCGCACUCUAUCGAAUACGACGUCGCUUUGAACCGCGUCCGUCCUUUGACCGUCCAGUCCAACACUUGGUGCUCCUCGGGAGGAGUCACUCCCGACGGAACUCUCCUUCAGACAGGAGGAGACAAAGACGGAGAACGUAAAGCUAGACUGUUCUACCCAUGCGAUGAUGAUUCUUGUGUUUGGUCUGAAAUAGACAACGCACUUAAUGUUAAAAGAUGGUACGCUUCGAACCAUGUACUUCCCGAUGGUCGUCAGAUUAUAGUAGGAGGUCGUGAUGAGUUUAACUUCGAGUUUUUCCCUAAGACAAACGCUCCAAACACAUACAGCUUACGGUUCUUGUCCGAAACCAACGAUCUUGACCAAGAAAACAAUCUCUACCCUAACGUGUUCCUCAACACCGAUGGAAACUUAUUCAUAUUUGCUAAUAACCGAGCCAUUUUACUAGACUAUUCCAAGAACACCGUCGUGAAAACAUACCCGGAGAUCCCUGGAGGCGAUCCGAGAAGCUAUCCGAGCACCGGCUCCGCCGUUCUCCUCCCUAUCAAGAAUCUUGAAGAAGAAGUUAUCGAGCUGGAGGUUCUGGUGUGUGGCGGUGCACCGAAAGGAUCGUACCUCUUAGCUUUGAAUGAAAACACUUUUGUGAAAGGUCUUGACACGUGCGCGAGAAUCAAGAUCAACGAUGCUAACCCUAAAUGGGUGCUUGAGAAGAUGCCGAGGCCUAGAAUAAUGGGAGACAUGAUCGUUUUACCUAACGGACAAGUUCUGUUAAUUAACGGUGGUUCAUCAGGGUCUGCUGGUUGGGAGCUUGGUCGUGAACCGGUUUUGAAUCCUGAUCUUUAUCAUCCUGAUAAACCGAUCGGUUCAAGAUUCCAAGUUCAGAAUCCAAGCACUAUACCGAGAAUGUACCAUUCAACCGCGACUUUACUACGUGACGGUAGGGUUCUCGUCGGAGGAAGCAACCCUCACGAGUUUUACAACUUCACCGGCGUGCUUUUCCCGACGGAGCUUAGGCUAGAGGCUUUCUCGCCGUCGUAUUUGGAGACUCAGCAUAGGACUAUACGUCCAAGGAUUAUGAGUCCUUCGUUACACUCGACGGUUAAUUACGGUGGAAUCUUGAGGCUGAGGUUUCGAGUAUUAGGUGGAGUGAAAACUCCGGUUAAAGUUACAAUGGCGUUUCCUUCGUUUACUACUCAUUCCUUCUCUAUGAGCCAGAGACUCUUGGUUCUUGAUCAUGUCACGUCUUUGAGAAUAGGUCAGUGGACUUAUGAGGUUAGGGUUAAGACGCCGAGAUCUGCUAAUCUUGCACCGCCCGGUUAUUACAUGGUUUUUGUGGUGAACCAAGAUAUACCGAGUGAAGGUAUUUGGGUAAGGUUACAGUGA